AUGGUCAACAAGUCUAGAAAAGAUUGGUCCCUAAGACUGGAUGAUGUACUAUGGGCCUUACGGACCGCUUACAAGACACCGAUUGGCACCACGCCAUAUCGACUUGUCUAUGGUAAGGGAUGCCACCUUCCGGUGGAAUUGGAGUACAAGGCAUGGUGGGCUGUAAAGGAACUCAACAUGGACCUUCACUUGGCCGGAGAAAAGAGGUUACUCAAGCUCAACGAGUUGGAAGAGUUGAGGUAUGAUGCUUAUGAGAGCUCUAGACUCUACAAAGAACAAACCAAGAGGUGGCACGACAAAAGGAUUCGAGAUCGUGACUUCGAGGUGGGUAACAAGUGUGUUGUUUGUUGUGGUGCUUUGGCAAGGGAAAAUUAUUGUGGAUUUUUGCUAGGUUUUGGUUUGUAG